CAGUUCACGUUCAGUUGCCUCCAUCUUGUAAAUAUCAACAUCCGAUUUAUAAAUUUCCUUCUGGAGUGCAGGAAUUAUUUAAUCACGAUACAAAACACAAAGAAAAUACCAGCGUUACAUUAAAUUACAAGUGAAACCAAAUGCUGCUUUACCGAUCCAUAAGAAACUCUCGGUAAAACACCUUCAGGUUAAAUUUCAAGUAAGAAUAUGUUUACAGGGACCCCAGCAGGUUGCGCGGCAGGUGGUCACUGUGUAUCCCUUCUUCUUCUCUGUGUCUGUCCUCUCUUCAGUGUACCACCUGAAUGCCUAUUGGUCAGUUCAGAGGCAGGUCAAACAGCAACACAAUCGGUUGGCGUUUCGUUGACUUAUCUGUCCCUUCGAAAACGUCGCGAGUCCCGUACUUUUCACAUGUAUUUCGCGAGUGCUACCUCUCCGUCCUGUAGUCCCCAAUAUUUAAUCCGGCUAUCAAAAACUAAUCGACUCGAUAUCACUAACAAAUCCAUCCAACCGCAAUCGCGUCGUGCACGCGAGUGAAAUGUGCCGCUGGAGAACGCGAGUGUUUUUCGACGAUGUUUUGACAAGGCUAGUGCGAUUGUGAUUCAAGUAUAAAGUGGCUGCACCAAAAUCAAACUGGAAUCCAGGCUCCAAUCCAAUAUCGAAGGAUAACGACGAACUGAAGAAUGCCGUCAGAGGCCAUUGGCGGGGCCGGGCUCGGCGUUGUUGCUGGGGAUGUUUUGGCGCUGAGGGGCGCAGGACUCGCAGCUGCGGAAACUUGGGCUCUUCUUUGUCAGGCUGCCCAGGCCCUCCAGGAUCUUUUCCUCUCCAAUGGCGGAGUCGUAGGUGGCUCCAGAAUGGGUCCGGUGGUGACUCCUCAUACUCUCGAACUGACUGCACGUGGUAGGGUGACUCUACAGCUCGCACCACCGGAAACAGCACGGGCUUAUCUACCCCCGGAAUAUCGUCCCGGACGAAUCUACUCGGAUACGGAUUCCGAAAAGAUGUGGAUGUACUCACUGGGACGAGCCCUGCUGGACACGACACCUCGAGUUGCAGCUUUAACAGGAACGGUAUCUGUUUCACCCUCGUCGGCACUUCAAUCAGUAUUGGCAGCCAUGACCGAGCCGGAUCCUCAUCGUCGUGCGUCCCUCAUGAAUUUGCUUGACGUGAUCUCCGAGUACUGUCGAACGCGUCUCCAAUCGAAACCCUUCACGCACAUAGUAAUGGACAUGCAUCGCGAAGUAACGCGCUCCGCCCAGUACGCAGCACGUAAACGAGCCGCCGCUGUCGCCGUGUUUCAGCAGCCUCAGCAGCCAGCCGUGCUGUCCCAGCAGCAGCACCAUCAACAGCAACAACGUCAUCAACCGACGAGCAAUCAGUCCCAGGAUAAUCAGCAGCAGCAGCAUCAGUCAUCCGCGAUCCACAUGUCGAAGUAUCAAGCGAAGGGCGCGCUGUUCAAAGCUCAGUCCAGGAACUCGAGGUCUCAUCCAAACUUGCUCAGCCUCUCGGGAGGUGAGAGAUCUCUCGGAGAGUCCAAGCCGGAAUUCCAAUCUCAACUGAAUAUUCAAACGAUCCAGGGGCCUUCCGGAGUGCAUCAUGCAAGGACGAGUUCCCAGCCGGAAUACGGCGGUCAUGAUGGCGAUGGCGGUAGCGGCGUUGGACUUCAGCACACGAGAAGCAGCAACAAUCUCCUUAUGGUCGCAGCUGGCCAGAAGGCCGAGAAUACCGGAAAUAUUUACAGCGAUCCCAUAUAUGCGCUUCCGGUUAAGCCAUUCCUCAGCUCGCAGGAUGUCCGCGUAAACGGAAUGUCAGCCAAGCAGAUUCAACGGACGGAUACCUAUGCGCCACGUUCUAGAAUUAAUAACACUGGGAAAGGCGGAUCCUCACAGCCGAACAUAACGCACCUAACGCACCUAACGCAAUUGCCCAAUAUUGCCAAUCGCUGCAAGGACGAUGCUUACCCAAAGACAAUGAAAAAUUUAGCUGUCAAGUCCUUGCAUCGGAGGCAGUACUCCAAUCCUCAAAUCCCAAGUCGCAAUCAGGAUGGGAAUCUUCGACACUCGUCUCAGCCGAACGUCGCCUCGACCCAAUUGCACGUUUAUUCGGCGAGCACGAAUCGGCAACAGAAUCCACCGUCUUCCGUCAAACUUCCAAGUCUUGGGGUUGUUCCGCCGAAACCACCCAGAAUCAUAACCACCCUUAAGAGGACAGCGCCCGUUUCUACGCCCGACCUUGAGUCCUCGGGUCCACCUGUGAAACCACCAAGGAGUGCAAUUAAAAAUGGACCAAGAGCCCGCAGAGGGAAAGCCGUACAGCGUGCACCUUCGAGGCUCUACAGAGCAAUCGGUGGUCCGAUGCGCUGUUUUAACAAAACGCAAUGCGUCGGUCCGGAAUUCGUAGUUCGCGCCAAUCAACCGGCAAAACAAUUGAGCGUUGGAGACAUAAAGAAUAUGUUUCAGACUGGAAACGUAGGCCGAAUUAUAGUGAUACUAUUGACCGGUCAACGACUAGAAGUGACUUGCGAUUCUCAAAGAGUCACAGCCGGCGAAUUAUUUCAGGCGAUUGUUCAAGCUGAGGGUCUCGAUGAAAACUUUACCUUGGGAUUAGCGGCGCUUCUUGCUGGAGACUUUGCGAUGCUGCCUCCAGAUACGAAAUUGAAUAAGGUUGCGCCCCCGGGCUGGUUGAACAACGGCAAGAAUAAAGGUCUUCUGGGACUUCCUACUAGCUUUAUGCUCUACUUGCGGCUACGAUUUUUCCUGCCCUCGUUACGCGGUAUAAGAAGCUGGAUCUCCAAGCAUUUACUUUAUCUGCAAAUACGCCGUUGUAUUCUCGAGCAGCAGCUGAUCUGUCCGCUACCUCAGCUCAUCAAUUUAACUGGACUGGCACUGCAGGCCGAAUUUGGGAAUUACAGCAUAAACGAACACGGAUGCGGGGACUACUUCCUGUUGGAGCAUUACGUGCCCGAGUCACUAAUCCUGAACCCGGAUCAGAACGAACAGUCCCAGAUUCCCGGAGGAGCGGAUGCUCUGAGGGUCCAGCUUCACCAGGCACAUCGCGAGAGACGAGGAUUGGACGCUAACAAAGCGGAAGAAAUGUUUAUAGCUCACGCCCAAGCACUUCCGGACUACGGGGCACACUAUUACAUUGCCACCGUCGACUCUAAGGAACUUGAGAAGAUCCUCACCAGGCUGAAGAAGAACGUGGAAAUUACAAAAGCGGAAAGAAUCUAUAGCGAGAAUGAAAAUCUUUACGAACUUGACGGAUCCUCGGAGUAUCCCGUUUACGGAAAGAUUGAGUUCCCAAGGGUCGGCUCGAGCGAGGAUAUACGUAGGAUCUUCUACAGGGACGAGCAGAAGAUGCGACUCUCUAAGAGCGCCAGUCUCAAUGAGGAUAUUUACGCCGUACCGAAGAAACCGGUGAAGAUGCCCAGGAUGGAAGCCAACAACAAUAAAGUUGGAAAAUCUAAGAAGUCAGAGAGCAACGUCUGGCUCGCCGUACACGCCCAGGGGCUCAAGAUCUUUGGCAGGGGCGGCAGACCGCGCGAGAGAACGGAACUGAUAAGAUUUCAAUGGCGCGAUAUACAGACUCUGAGCUACAGCAAAAGCUGCUUGGUCGUGCACAGUCGAGUAAAUGGGAAGAGAUGCAAGUUUAAGCUCAGAAUGGACCAUAGAAAGAGUUACUUCGCCUUCAAGCUCACCUCUUUGCAUCAUCAAUUUUACUUGAAAUUGCGUUCAGAACUUACUUCUCUUCAGGGACUUGCAACAGACUUUGGUGUGCCAUUGAUAAUAGAACCGAAUUCACCGCCACCAAAAGUAAAGCCUGACAGUGGUAAGACCAAAAUAUCGAUCGCCAGCACAGUAAAGAAGCAAAAGAACCUGAAGUAUCCAAUGCAACUGGAGGAAUACCAAAACAAGGAAAAUGAAAAUCCUCAAAAGGAAACGCAUCCACCACCUCACAGUAAAGCAGAAGGUUCCGAGCCGAUCUGUUACACUCCCGAAGAGGAUGCACUCUAUGCACAAGUGCACACACGCUUGGAGCCUGAAGGAGAAUCUCGUGACACGGAAGAUGAAUCUGACAGAGGUCACGUGGGACGGAACGAAGCUAAUCCUGAAAAUGUCGAGCAGGCUAAAUCGAUGCAGGACAACAAAUUAUACAGUUAUCCAAAUCUCAGGCAUCCCAGUGAGAAUGGCUGCAUCUAUUCGCUACCUCACACAGCAUCCUCGACUAAUCUGAAUAAGGAGCAGAGUCAAAAGUCAGAUAAACCCGAGGAGCUUUAUGCGGCCAUCAACAAGAGUGGUCUUCCUAAGAAAACGGAAUUUCCGGUACCGGAAGAGGUAUGGGAUGUGCCGGACAUGAAGAAGACUCUGCACAAGGUUAAGACAUCCAGCCUACCGAAUUAUGGUACCCCGAAACAGAUGAGCGGAUUCCGCACUCCUAGUUUGCCACGUCGUCUCGGUGUGAAAAUGGGUACCAGGGUGAUAUACAGCAGCCUCGUUCAAAGGGAUCUCGCCCUUGCCGACGAGCUGGAGUCGUUAUCCUUGAAGUCAGACACGGCCUCAUCGAUCCAGUCUGCUUCGGCACAAUCGACAGAGUCUCCAAUGCCGGAGGCAUAUGUGCUCAAUGCUGACAUCAGGACGAACGAUGAGACUUUUCGAGUUCCUGAAGACGAGAGCAUGUCUGCGUCUCUGGCGGCGAGGUUGGAAGAGCUUUCUUUUGCUGAGGAACGGAUUCUUCAUACUAUAAAGCUGGAACGAGGUCAUGGCGGUAGCAUAGGACUCCAAGUGACUGAGGGUAACGAUGGUGGGGUUUACGUUCAGGCUGUCUCUGUUGGAGGAUCUGCUGAUAUGGCUGGAAAUGUUAAUAAAGGUGAUAGGAUAGUGGCUAUAAACGGACAAAGCUUAUUGAACCUUGGAUAUGAGGAAGCUUUGAAGAUGCUGCAGAGUUCAUCGGAAACUGUUGAGUUAGUGUUGUCACAGGUUACGACCUCGCCAAAUUUAGGUCCUCGACCAAAUCGUGAACCGGACGCAGUAGAGAAUAAUUAUAUGCAAAAUAUUAGAUUCGACGUCUUCUCCGAGGUUGAAACUUCCAGUUUGACUAGCAAAUGGUUGACGCACAAGACUCCGGAUGUCUCAUCCGUGCAAAAUACUUCAAGCGCCUAUAGCAGUGCUCCAUCCAGCGCGAUGGGAAAUCAUAAUCCAAAUAGUUUAUACCUUACUGACGUAGCUAAUACGAAUGAUUAUAAUUCUGCUAGCAUGCUACUCAGCAUCGAUGACUUCGAGAUGAGCCGAACCAGUCGUCAAGUUUUCAUCUAAUACAACUCUUCAAACGCGAUCGUCGCCAGGACACGUACCAUACUGUACAAUCUCGUAGAAAAUUCCAUUACGCCCAUUACGGCAUGCCAUAGUCUAGGGUCAUCCCUCUCUGAAACUUCCUGUACUCUUCCUUUUCCCUCGAAGUACACUUCGAAACGCUUAUCAAAUUGGUUUUAUCCGUUUAAGCGAAGCACUGCUCCGGGCUUCGUAAUGACUAUGCAUUGCCACUAUUUCCCAUCAAUGAAAAUUAUUAAAUCUGGUAAGUAAAAUGAAAUCGUUCGAAUAUUCCAUUAAAGAAGGUCAAACUAAUUGCAACUGUUAUUCUUAUACGAUUUUUUAUUUAUCUUCAUAUUAAAAAUGACUACUCGAAUAUCUGUUAACACGUAUGUACACCUACGUAUACCUUUUACCACGUGUCACUGAAUUUCAUGAUAUUAAAAAUCAUCCUUAUAAAUUUUCUCAAGGCUUGCAACUUUUUCAUGAGAAUCAUCAGCAUACACACGUCGAGGUUCGUAAAUCAUUAUUAUUGACCGUCUGACGAGGUCGGGUAGGGGAUUGGCUGUCAUUUCUAAGGAAUCACCUUCAGUGCAUCACGAACCCUCCAGCGCUCUGCAACUACGACGACACGACGCACUUUCACUGCUCAAUAAAGAAAUCGUGACUUUCUCCUUUUAUUUUAAUUUAUAAACCGCACGCAAUUCC